UACCGGAUCCUCCUCCAAACGGCUGACCAGUCCAGUCCCGUCCCGCCUCCCCCGCCGCUCGCCGAUGUCCAGCCUCCACCUCCUCCGCCACCGCUCCUCCUCCUUCACUCCCACCUCGCCGCCCUCACCCUCCUGGUCUCCGCACGCCGCCUUUACCGCUGCCACAGAGCGCGUCCGCGCCGGGACGCUCAGCCCGGAAGACGCACACCACCUGUUCGACCAAUUGCUACAGCAGUCCACUCCGGUCCCCGAGCAAGCCCUGAACGGCUUCCUUGCCGCCCUCACCCGUGCCCGUGCGCCAGACACCGAAGUCUGCAGAGACGGCCCCUCCCUUGCCCUCACGCUCUUCAACCGCGUAUGGCGAGAAGAAGCCGGCCGGCGGGUGGCGCUGCCCACAGUCCGCACCUACAACAUUCUGAUGAACUGCUGCUGCCGCGUGCGUCGUCCGGACCUAGGGCUUGCCUACUUCGGGCGCCUCCUAAGGACCAGCCUCAAAACAAAUGAGGUCGUCGCCAACACCGUCCUCAUGUGCCUCUGCUGCGCGAAACGGACAGAUGAAGCAGUAAACGUGCUGCUUCAUAGGAUGUCUGUGCUCGGCUGUGUGCCUGAUGAGUUCUCAUAUAACAUAGUUCUGAAGAGCUUAUGCAAAGAGGGAAGGAGCCAGCAAGCGCUCAACCUGCUCCAUGUGAUGGCAAAAGGAGAUGGUUGCUCCCCCGACGUGGUGGCUUAUAACACGGUCAUCUAUGGCUUCUUUAAGGAAGGUGAAGUAGGCAAGGCAUGCAAUCUAUUCCAUGAAAUGAUGCGGCAAGGGGUUGUGCCUGAUGUGGUGACGUAUAGCUCGAUUAUCGAUGCACUGUGCAAGGCUGGAGCAAUGGACAAGGCAGAGUUGUUCCUUCGGCAGAUGGUUGAUAACAGUGUUCAGCCGGAUACGGUGACAUAUACUAGCAUGAUCCAUGGAUAUUCCACUUUGGGCCGCUGGAAAGAGGCGACUAAAAUGUUAAGAGAAAUGACAAGCAGGGGCCUUAUACCAAAUAUUGUCACUUGGAACUCGUUCAUGGCCUCCCUUUGCAAGCAUGGAAAAAGCAAAGAAGCUGCAGAAAUUUUCUUUUCCAUGGCUGCAAGGGGCCACAAGCCUGAUAUCGUCUCCUACACUACUCUUCUUCAUGGGUAUGCCAAUGAAGGAAGCUUUGCUGAUAUGAUGAAACUCUUUAAUUCAAUGGUAGGCAACGGUAUUGUAGCCAACUGCCAAGUUUUCAACAUAUUAAUUGAUGCAUAUGCUCAACGAGGAAUGAUGGACGAAGCUAUGCUCAUAUUUACUGAAAUGCCAGGACAAGGAGUCAAUCCAAAUGUAGUCACCUAUUCAAUUGUGAUAGCUGCACUUUGCAGAAUGGGUAGGCUGGCUGAUGCAAUGAAUAAGUUCAGUGAGAUGAUUGGUACGGGAGUACAACCGAACAUAGUUGUUUAUCACUCCCUAGUUCAGGGCUUAUGUACACAUGGUGAUUUGGUGAAAGCGAAGGUGUUGAUUUCUGAAAUGAUGAAUAAAGGUAUUGCUCGUCCAAACAUUGCAUUCUUCAGUUCAAUAAUGGGCAGUCUAUGCAACGAAGGAAGGAUUAUGAAUGCACAUGAUAUCUUUGACUUGGUUACAGACAUAGGUGUGAAACCUGAUGUUAUAACAUUUAAUAUGCUGAUGGUCGGAUAUUGCUUAGUUGGCGAGAUGGAGAAAGCAUUCAAGGUACUUGAUGCCAUGGUAUCAGUUGGCAUUGAGCCUGAUGUUGUUACUUAUAGCUCACUUAUUAGUGGCUAUUGUAAGACUGGAAGGCUCGACGAUGGUGUUACACUAUUCAGAGAAAUGUUGCAUAAGAGAAUUAAACCUGACACUGUUUCCUAUAACACCAUACUGGAUGGGUUAUUUAAUGCUGGGAGAACUGCUGCUGCAAGGAAAAUGUUCCAUGAGAUGAUCGAAAGUGGAGUAAUGGUGAGCAUUUCUACAUAUAAUAUAAUUCUUGGAGGACUUUGUAGAAAUAAUUGCAUGGAUGAAGCGAUCGUCCUAUUCCGGAAAUUACGUGCAGUGAAUGUGAAGUUCAAUAUCACAACACUCAAUACCAUCAUCAAUGCAUUAUACAAUGUUCAAAGAAGAGAAGAAGCUCAUGAUUUGUUUGCUGCAUUACCAGCCAGCCGGCUGGUGCCUAAUGCUUCUACUUACAGAGUAAUGAUAGAUAAUCUUCUAAAAGAAGGAGCAGUGGAAGAAGCUGACAGUAUGUUCUCAUCAAUGGAGAAGAGUGGUUGUGCUCCUAGCUCUCAUUUUUUAAAUUAUAUCAUCAGAAUGUUAUUGGAAAAAGGGGAGAUAGUCAAGGCCGGAAAAUAUAUGUCUAAAGUUGAUGGGAAGAUUAUUUUGCUUGAAGCUUCAACUACUUCAUUGCUGAUGUCCCUCUUCUCAAGGGGAGGCAAAUACCAGGAGCACAUACUCUUGCUCCCUGCAAAAUAUCAUUUUUUCAGUGGAGUGAACCACAGUUGAGUACUUGAUACAUUGUUUAUGAUCUUAACUGCUCAGAAGGUACAGUUGAUUUGUUGCUUGCCAUCAGACCCUUGUGUUGGUAUAAGAAAUGCAAGUUACCUGCUUGUGGAAAGUAGGUCCUUCAUUCUUUCAUUGACUGCAUCUUCUUGUGUGUUGAAAUUGCUAGAAUGUGAAGUAUCUGUGAAUCUUCUAAUCUUUGUGGGACAACGAAAGGUGGACUGAGUUAUCUAAUUCAAAUGGUUGCAAUUUUUGGAAUAAUGGUUUUUGCUUGUGAACAGGGAAGGUAUCGACAUGUGUUCUUUCCAGAAGAAGCGCAAUGAAUACAAAUACAAUCUUUUGUGAAAUGAAUUUUUUAACCGAAAACUGUAAGGAAGGCCCCGAUGGUGAUUUUUUAUUUUAAAACAAGCAGUGGGUGUGCACAAGAUCAGAGGAGAAUGUGCAAAGCAAGAGGGGUCGAAAGAACAGAGCUAAACAGGAUCCCCAGCCCAGCAACCCUCCAAAAAAAAGAGAUGUGUCGCCUUUGAAAAUGGAGCAACAGGCUGAAGAUAUCAACUAAACUGCAAGCUUGAAAACAUCUCUACAUGAGAAGGAACCAACUAGCCUAGAGGCAUGGGGGGCAAAGUUUGGGUAGUACCUGCAAACAAGCUUCACAGAGUAAUAUCCAAUUUGUUGUAAAACUUGUGCAGAAACUUCAGUACAAGCUCAUCGAUGAAAAGUUGAUAAUAAAUAAGCCCCCACGGUUUUUGGGUGGACAUGUUGCCGCCGCGUUGGGCAAGGGUGGCGAGUGCCGGCCUUCCUUCGCCGACAACCUCCUCCUUGCCUUUUUGCGGGCCAGGAUGGUGCUGGUGUGCUCCAACGGUCAACCCGUCUCUUUUCUCUCUCUGCUUAGCUGCCUAUAUCUUCUCCACCAUGGACGCCUUUACUUCUCGAGCCCAAGGGGAUUGCGGAAUCAUUUUAGCGAACUAGCAUGAGCCUCAGCAAUGUGAUGAUGAAGAUUCUACUGAUGGAUGAUUAUCAACAUAGUUUUCAACAAGCCGCUUCUAUACAAUUGCUCAGAAAAAUCAAGGGCGGUCUUAAGUGACUGCUGCUAGCCAGGGCUGCGUCAGGCGACCGUUGCGGCGGGCAUCGACCAUCCUGCGAGGGGCCGUGGAGUGGCUGUUGUGAACUGGCCGCGGACGUUGCGACUGGUGCUGCGAAGGGGACACGCGGUGGGCCAGUUUAUUGCUGGUUGCUAUGGCACUGAGUGGUGAGCGGCUGGGCCAGAGACUUGAAGCAUCGCCUAGCCGUCGGAGCAUCAGCGGUGCAGCAAAUGGAGCAUUACCAGUGCUGCGAUGGAGCUUUCGAUAGGUCACCGAAGCAUCGUCGGGCCGCCAAAACAUUAUCAGUGCUGCAGUGGAGCUUCUCGGGUUGUCAGAGCAUCUCCGGUGCUGCGACGGAGCAUCGUCGAGCCACCGAAACAUCAUCGGUGCUGCAGUGGAGCUUCUCGGGUUGUCAGAGCAUUGCCGGUGCUGCGACGGAGCAUCGUUGAGCUGCUGAAACAUCAUCGGUGCUGCUGUGGAGCUUUCUCGGGUUGUCAGAGCAUUGUCGGUGCUGUGACGGAGCAUCGUCGAGCUGCUGAAACAUCAUCGGUGCUGCGGUGGAGCUUAUCGAGUUGUCAGAGCAUUGCCGGUGUUGCGACGGAGCAUCGUCGAGCUGCUGAAACAUCAUCGGUGCUGCGGUGGAGCUUAUCGGGUCGUCGGAGCAUUGCCGGAGCAUCGCCGGUGUUGCGACGGAGCAUCGUCAGGCCGUCGAAACAUCAUCGGUGCUGCAGUGGAGCUUCUUGGGUCAUCGGAGCAACGCCAGGCCCCGAAACAUCAUCGGUGCUCCAGUGGAGCUUCACGGGCCAUUGGACAUUGCCAGAGCAUCGCCGGUGCUGCGACGGAGCAUCGUCAGGCUGACGAAACAUCAUCGGUACCGCACUGGAGCUUCUCUGGUCGUCAGAGUAUCGCUAGGCCGCCGAAACAUCAUCGGUGCUCUAGUGGAGCUUCGUCGGCCGACGGAUGGAGCAUUGCCGGAGCAUCAUCCGUGCUGCGCUGGAGCAUUGCCAGGUCAUCGAAGCAUUGCCGAAGCACCGCCGACGCUAUGGAGGAGCAUCGCCUGAGCUGUCGGGGCAUCACCAGUUCCUUAAGGAAUUACGCCCGUGGUGUUGGGACAGCAGUGAUGUUGUGUUGGUGGCUGGAAACGCUGCAAAGAGACAUGGGGGUACGGUGUGGAUGGAAAUGAUGGUGUGGAUGGAAAUGAUAGUGUGAUACUACCAGGGAAUCAAGCGGCCCAAAUCAAAUUCUAUUUACGCAAAUCAACGGCUGGCCAGGCGGCUGAUCUUUUCGGAAGAUCAGCCGGCUGACGCCUAGCAGCCGCCAUCUAAUAUUCUU